UUUUGCCUGUAUUGUACCUAACCUCUCUCUCUCUCCUCUUUCUUUCUUUUCGAGUCUUUGAGGGCAGAGCGAAGUUGCGACUUGUGAGUUUUGAGUCGACUCUGAUCGUCAAAGAUGGCGGUUGGGAAGGAAGAAGCGGAGAUAGUGAAGGCUCGAACGGACACCAGGGAGUAUAGGAGGAUCGUCCUUCCCAACUCCCUCCAGGUCCUUCUCAUCGCCGAUCCCGAUACCGAUAAGUGCGCUGCUUCCAUGAGUGUCAGUGUUGGCUCCUUCAGCGACCCCCAAGGCCUCGAAGGACUCGCCCAUUUUCUUGAGCAUAUGCUGUUUUUUGCUAGUGAGAAAUAUCCUUUGGAAGAUAGUUACUCCAAGUACAUUACUGAGCAUGGAGGCUGCACAAAUGCUUUUACAUCUUCAGAGAACACAAACUAUUUUUUUGAUGUUAAUACUGAUGGUUUUGAAGAGGCUUUGGACAGAUUUGCUCAGUUCUUCAUUAAACCUUUGAUGUCAGCUGAUGCUACCACCAGGGAAAUCAAAGCUGUUGAUUCUGAGAAUCAGAAAAACUUGUUGUCUGAUGCUUGGAGAAUGAACCAGCUUCAGAAACAUUUAAGUAUGGAGGGCCAUCCAUAUCAUAAAUUCAGCACAGGGAACUGGGAUACUUUGGAGGUUAGACCAAAAGCAAAAGGAUUGGAUACCAGAAAUGAGCUUAUUAAAUUUUAUGAAGAAAAUUAUUCUGCCAACCUCAUGCAUCUGGUUAUAUAUGCAAAAGAAAAGCUUGAUAAAAUUCAAAACAUGGUGGAGGACAAGUUCCAGGACAUUCGAAACACUGACCGAAGUUGUUUCCAUUGUCCUGGUCAGCCUUGCACAUCAGAACAUUUACAGAUACUUGUCAGAACUGUCCCAAUAAAACAAGGUCACAAAUUGAGAAUUGUAUGGCCAGUAACUCCGGAGAUUAGACAUUACAAGGAAGGGCCAUGCAGAUAUCUUGGUCAUCUUAUUGGCCAUGAAGGAGAAGGAUCUUUGUUUUACAUCUUGAAGACAUUGGGAUGGGCAACGGGUUUGUCUGCAGGUGAAGCAGAAUGGACUUUGGAGUUUUCAUUCUUCAAAGUAGUAAUUGAUCUUACUGAUGCUGGUCAUGAGCACAUGCAAGAUAUUAUUGGAUUGCUAUUCAAAUAUAUUGACCUCUUAAAGCAGUCUGGAAUUCACAAAUGGAUAUUUGAUGAGCUCUCAGCUGUUUGCGAGACAAAAUUCCAUUAUCAGGACAAGAUUCCUCCUAUCGAUUAUGCGGUCAAUGUUGCAUCAAAUAUGCAGAUAUAUCCCCCAAAAGAUUGGCUGGUGGGCUCAUCCUUGCCUUCUAUGUUUAGUCAAGACAGUAUCCAAAUGGUACUAAAGGAGCUAUCUAUUGACAACAUCCGAAUCUUUUGGGAAUCAAAGAAAUUUGAAGGUCAUACCGACAAGGUUGAGCCAUGGUAUGGAACUGCAUAUUCCAUUGAGAAAAUUACCAGCUCCAUGAUUCAGGAAUGGAUGCUUUGCGCUCCUAAUGAAAAUUUGCAUCUACCAGCUCCCAAUGUGUUCAUUCCCACUGACUUGUCACUUAAGAGCGCUCAAGAGAACGUCAAAUUUCCAGUUCUCUUAAGAAAGUCAUCAUAUUCCAGAUUAUGGUUCAAGCCUGACACAAUGUUUUCUACGCCUAAGGCAUAUGUUAAGAUAGAUUUUAAUUGUCCCCAUGCUGGCAACUCUCCUGAAGCAGAAGUUCUAACUGAUAUUUUCACACGGUUGUUAAUGGAUUGCUUGAAUGAAUAUGCAUACUAUGCUCAGGUUGCUGGUCUAUAUUAUGGCAUAGGCCACACAGAUUGUGGUUUCCAGGUGACUCUGGUUGGUUACAAUCACAAACUGAGGAUUUUACUGGAAAGUGUAGUGGAAAAAAUUGCAACAUUCAAAGUAAAACCUGAUAGGUUUUCUGUGAUAAAGGAAACGGUAACAAAGGAGUAUCAAAAUUACAAGUUCCAACAACCCUAUCAGCAGGCUAUGUACUAUUGCUCUUUAAUACUACAAGACCACACGUGGCCUUGGAUGGAAGAACUUUGCAUUCUUCCUCAUCUUGAAGCUGAAGAUCUUGCAAAAUUCGUUCCAGUGAUGCUCUCAAGAGCCUUCCUUGAGUGUUAUAUAGCAGGAAAUAUUGAAACCAGUGAAGCAGAGUCAAUGAUUCAGCGUAUUGAAGAUGUUUUCUUUAGUGGUCCAAACCCUAUAUGCCAAGCUUUAUUCCCGUCCCAACAUGUGACAAAUAGAAUUGUUAAACUUGAAAGGGGCAUGAGUUACUUCUACCCUGCGGAAGGCCUUAAUCCAAAUGAUGAGAAUUCUGCCCUUGUUCACUAUAUUCAGGUUCAUCGUGAUGAUUUUGUGCUGAAUGUGAAGCUUCAGCUUUUUGCACUUAUUGCAAAGCAACCAGCAUUCCACCAGCUUAGAUCAGUUGAGCAACUUGGGUACAUAACUGUGCUCAUGCAGAGGAAUGAUUCUGGUAUUCGUGGAGUACAGUUUAUCAUCCAAUCCACGGUGAAGGGUCCUGGAAAUAUUGAUUUGAGAGUUGAGGCAUUUCUCAAGAUGUUUGAGAGUAAACUUUAUGAGAUGACCAAUGAAGAAUUCAAGAGCAAUGUGAAUGCCUUAAUUGAUAUGAAGCUUGAGAAGCACAAGAAUUUAAGAGAAGAAUGUAGAUUUUACUGGGGAGAAAUUUCUGAUGGGACCCUCAAGUUUGAUAGGAGAGAAUCUGAGGUUGCAGCCUUAAGGCAGCUAACACAACAAGAAUUGAUAGAUUUUUUCAAUGAAUGUAUAAAAGUUGGUGCGCCUCAGAGGAAGACAUUAAGUAUAGGAGUGUAUGGAAACCUACAUAGUUCAGAGUACACUGCAGAGAAAAGUGAACCAGUACAACCCUACUCUGUGAAAAUUGAUGAUAUAUUCUCUUUCAGAAGAUCACAGUCUCUUUAUGGUUCAUUCAGAGGAGUUUCCGAUCAUUCCAAGUUGUAGAUAGUGAAGCUCCAACAAAGUUGGCAAAGAAUCUGGGAAUUGCAAAUAGAACUUCCUAUCAUCUCAAUUCACCAAAGUGAUGAAACAACGCCUAAUUCCGCAAAACAACACAAAAUUGGUCCAGGAAGUCCAUUGAUGGAGCACGGUGCAGGUCUCAGUUGUUCUCAACAAUGAAAACUUGUAUCCUGCAUUGCACCAAAAUCAUGAAUUUCAUAUAUGGUUUUUCUUUUGAAGAAAUGGCACAGAUUAUAUUUUUAACUUUAGAAACAGUAGAAACAUUUAAAAAUGAAUAAAUUUAGGCCACAAAUAAAUUAACUGCAGUAUGGUAAUUGGCCGGAUAUGAAUUAUGGUUUAAAAGCUUGAUUUCUGGACUUAUAAUAAUAGCAAAUAAAUGACAGAUGACGUUCGAAAGUUUUUGUUUA